GUUAGAAAGUGUAGAAUGUAAAUGAGUCCUUUAUCGUGCUAAAUUGUAUAUAAUAAGCAACUGGGUAGUAGUGGGAGAUGACUUUCGGUUUUUUGAAAUGCGUUUUUGAUUUCUGAACUGCUCAGUGGUUGUUUUUGGUUGCGUAAACAAAGUAGCUGCAAAAAUGGGCGACACGCACCAAUUUAUAGAGGGCAGAGACAUCUUCGCAUCUGACAUGCAGCAGCAAGAUGCGAUUAGCGAAAUCACAACUAGUUUUCAGAAUACCACAUUCUUCAUAACAGGGGGUACAGGUUUCAUUGGCAAGAUAUUCCUUGAAAAGCUGCUCAGGAUCUCGAAAACUGUUAAAGUUCUCAUCCUGGUGAGACCUAAGAAGGACAAGAAUACACUAGAGAGGUUUCAGGAGAUAUUCGAAGGACCAAAUAUGGUUCCCUUGAAACUCGCAAAUCCCCAUUUCAUGAAGCAGAUUCGUCUUAUUUCUGGAAAUUGUUAUGAAAAAAAUCUUGGUCUCUCAGCAGAAGAUAAACAGAUGUUGAUCGAUGAGGUGAACUACGUCAUUCACUGCGCAGCAACCGUCAAUUUCGAUGAAGACCUAAAGACUGCAGCCUAUAUAAAUGUCCGGGCUGUGAAAGACCUGAUUGGAAUGGCGAAACAAAUGAAAGAUCUCAGAGCCUUUCUGCAUGUGUCAACAGCCUAUUCCCAUUGCUAUAGAAAAUUCAUAGAUGAGUCCUUUUACGAAGUUGCGAUGAGAGGUGAGGAUUUAUUACAUAUGGUGGAAUCAAUGGAUCAGAAAAGAUUAGAUGCAAUAACACCACAAUUAAUCAAGGAAUGGCCUAACACGUAUGUUUUUACGAAGGCUAUUGCUGAGGAUGUUAUAAAGAACGAAAGUGGAAGGUUACCAAUCGCCAUUUUGAGACCUUCGAUAGUUCUCUCCUCCGUGUCUGAACCGUUAGCAGGCUGGAUAGAUAGUUUUUAUGGACUCACAGGAAUGUUGAUGGCAGUAACAUUGGGAUUUAUGAGAGUCUUUAGGGUGAAGUCAAAAAAUAAGGGGGAUUUGAUACCGGCAGACUACGUCACAAAUGCCGGCUUCGGGAUCCUUUGGGACCUAUCGAAAACCAGAUCAUUGAACGAUAACAUCGAAUUUCCAAGUGGAGACAUAAAAGAAGAUGUAACUAUAUACAACGCUGUUAGCUCUGCAGAAAGUCCUAUUGUUUGGGAUCGGAUGCUCCAAUUACUUUUGAAAGAAGGAUUAAAAAUUCCAAGCCCUUAUCAAAUAUGGUACCCCUUAUGGAUUUCAGUGACUAACCCCUAUAUCUUUACAAUUCUGUCUUUGCUUCUGCAAACCAUACCUGCAUAUUUAAUGGACUUUAUAUGUUACUGCAUGGGAAAACAACAAAGAAUGGUCAAGGGAUACCGAAAACUCGAGAAAUUCUCAAGUGUCACCAACUACUUCAGUCUUAGAGAAUGGCAGUUUAGCAACAAGAACCUUCAAGCCCUAUGGAAGAAGUUAGAACCCGAAGACCAGAGAUUGUUCAAAUUCAGUAUGAAGAAUUUCGAUUGGAAGGGUUACGUUUUCUUCUACAUUCGAGGAUUUAGGGUUUACCUCCUGAAGGAUCCAUUGGAAACAGUACCGAAAGGAAAAGCCUGGAUGAGGUGGUUGAAGGCGAUGCACUAUACUUCUGUCUUACUUCUCUCGUUUUUGGCAUUAACGUUGCUUUAUAAUAUGUACAAGUUCUGUUUGUCAUCUUAAGUUCCAGUCUACCCCCUGAAGUAUAAAUACAAUCUUUCAAUUUGUAUUAACUUUAGAUCUAUAAAUUUUCUUAUAGGUACCAUAAUAUAUUCAUAAUAUUUGUUUUUUAAGAAAAAAAUGCCUAGACGGCUUAAGAUUUUGUCAACAAAUGCCAUACCCGAAAUUGUCAAAGCAAUAAACUGUCACAGUAA